UACCAAAUCAUCUUAAACCCUCAAUUCACCUUAUCCAUAACCAUAUUUAAUUCCAACUAAACAUAUUAAAAUGUCGUUGAUCAGAUGUUCUCCGACAGUUUUUCCGAGCACCCGAACAGGUUUGUGUCAGUUCGGAAGUAACAAUAAUAAUGUUCCUAUGAUGAUUAUUUGUUCAUCAAAGUUGCAAAGUCAGGUGAUCAGGUGCUCUAGUGUUCCUGUUAAGGUUGCUUCUUGUUCUCAAGCUGCUGUAUCCACCAAAGGUUCUCGGAAUCUCUCCGGUUCGGAUCAUAAAGAUGGUGUGAAGUUAUACGUUGGAUUGCCACUAAACUCUAUUUCUGAAUGCAAUGCAAUAAACCAUUCAAGAGCAAUAGCAGCUGGGCUCAGAGCUUUAAAGUUACUAGGAGUCGAAGGCGUUGAGCUUCCGGUUUGGUGGGGAGUAGCGGAGAAACAAGCCAUGGGAAAGUACGAAUGGUCCGGCUACCUCGCACUUGUAGACAUGAUUCAAAAAUCGGGUCUUAAACUCCAUGUCACAAUCUGUUUCCACGCCUCGAAAGAAGAAGACAUUCAGUUACCCAAAUGGGUUUCUGAAGUCGGCGAAUCUAAACCGGAUAUCUUCUUCGCUGAUCGCUCAGGGAAGCGUUACAAACACUGUUUGUCUUUCGGUGUUGACAAUCUUCCAGUUUUUGAUGGCAAAACCGCGAUAGAAGUUUAUCAAGGAUUCAUCGAGAGCUUCAAGACGUCUUUCGCUCCGUUCAUGGGCUCCACAAUCACCGGCGUGACGAUUGGUAUGGGACCGGAUGGUGAGCUUCGAUACCCGUCUCACCAUGAUCAAGUCAACAACAAUGUUGACCAUGGUGCAGGGGAGUUUCAAUGUUAUGAUGAAAACAUGAUGCAAAGUCUCAAAGAGAAUGCUGAAAAUGCUGGAAACCCUCUUUGGGGACUUUGUGGGCCACAUGAUGCACCAACUUACAACCAGCAGCCCAUUAUGAACACCUUCUUUAAAGAAGGUGGAUCAUGGGAGACUGCUUAUGGUGAUUUCUUUCUUUCAUGGUAUUCAACACAACUCGUGUCUCAUGCUGACCGUAUGCUAUCGUUAGCAGCGUCAUCUUUUAACAACACUACAGUUAAGGUGUCAGGUAAAUUGCCGCUGGUUCCUUCAUGGUAUAGAACCAGAUCUCAUCCCGCAGAGGUAACCGCAGGGCUUUAUAACACGGUCAACAGAAACGGAUAUGAAGAAAUCGCAAACGUUUUUUGUAAAAACUCGUGUAGAAUGAUCUUGCCGGGAAUGGAUCUGUUGGAUGAACAACAGCCGAACGAAUCGUUUUCGAGCCCCGAACUACUUCUUGCGGACAUUAAAGAUGCUUGCAGAAACAACGAUGUUAAGGUCUGCGGUCAAAACUUGAAUGUUGCGGGCACCAUUAAGAACUUCGAACAAAUAAAAAAGAAUUUGGCGGGUGAGAAUGGAAUCGAGUUGUUUCUCUACCAGAGAAUGGGUGGAGAGUUUUUUUCGCCUGAAAACUUCCCGAUGUUUUCGGCGUUUGUCAGAAGUUUAAAUCAACUAGAAGUUGAUUCGGAUGAUUUGGGCGUAAACGGAGAAGGUGCUUUACUUGUACCCGGUAGGAACAGAAAAUUGCAAGCGGUAUCGAAUUGCGAAUUGCGAUCAUCUUCUUUGAAAACUUGUACAUUUGUAUGCACAUCAUGAUUAUAUUAUAUAGUUACAUUUUAAUAUUUUAUAAAACCAA